CACGCCUCUGAGCGCGCGGGCGCAUUGGUUGCGCCGGGCGCGGGUGGCGGACGGCGCUUUGAACCCGGUGCCGGGGUGGCGGCGCGGGCUGCAGUCGGGGUCGGGAUCGGGGUCCAGGCAGAUCGGACCCGGGCAGCCGGCGCUUCUCCGGACAUGGCGGCCGAGGCGCGCGUGUCGCGCUGGUACUUCGGGGGCCUGGCCUCGUGCGGGGCCGCCUGCUGCACGCACCCCCUGGACCUGCUCAAGGUGCACCUGCAGACGCAGCAGGAGGUGAAGCUGCGCAUGACGGGCAUGGCGCUGCAGGUGGUGCGCUCGGACGGCAUCCUGGCGCUCUACAACGGCCUGAGCGCGUCCCUGUGCAGACAGAUGACCUACUCCCUGACGCGGUUCGCCAUCUAUGAGACGGUGCGGGACCAGGUGGCCAAGGGCAGCGAGGGGCCCCUGCCGUUCUACAAGAAGGUGCUUCUGGGCGCCAUCAGUGGUUGCAUCGGUGGCUUCGUGGGGACUCCGGCAGACAUGGUCAACGUCAGAAUGCAGAACGACGUGAAGCUGCCCCCCAGUCAGCGCCGGAACUACGCCCACGCCCUGGACGGCCUGUACCGCGUGGCCCGGGAAGAGGGGCUGCGGAAGCUGUUCUCGGGUGCGACCAUGGCAUCCAGUCGAGGGAUGUUGGUCACCGUGGGCCAGCUGUCCUGCUACGACCAGGCCAAGCAGCUGGUCCUCAGCACCGGGUACCUGGACGACGGGAUCCUCACACACUUUGUCGCCAGCUUCAUUGCUGGCGGAUGUGCCACGGUCCUGUGCCAGCCCCUGGACGUGCUGAAGACCCGCCUGAUGAACUCCAAGGGCGAGUAUCGGGGCGUGCUGCACUGCACCAUGGAGACGGCCAAGCUCGGGCCGCUGGCCUUUUACAAGGGCCUGCUGCCUGCCGGCAUCCGCCUCAUGCCGCACACUGUGCUCACGUUCGUGUUCCUGGAGCAGCUGCGCAAGCACUUCGGCCUGGCGGUGCUGUCCUGACGGGGCGAGGGAGCACCUAGCGCCACGCU